GUUUCCGGAUUAAAUUAUUUCGCUUUAGAAAUCGAUUGACGAUGUCGGUCAACCAGUUAUUGCAAAAAUUCAAAGAGAAGGGUGACAAAAAGAAACUACCUCCUCUGCUGAAACGUGAGUUUCACACUAUAAAGCCUAAUGGAAGUGGUGCAGCUGUAAGAGUCAUGCAGUGGAAUAUACUAGCACAAGCACUUAGUCAGGGGAGUGACAACUUUGUUUUAUGUCCAACUGAAGCUCUGGACUGGGAGAAUAGGCAUCUUCAUAUUGCUGAAGAAAUUUUAACAUAUAAUCCAACCGUGCUGUGUCUAGAAGAAGUUGACCACUAUGACUUCUUGGCCCAGACUUUGCAGACUGUCGGGUAUGAAGGAAUGUGGUUUCCGAAGCCAGAUUCCCCAUGUUUGUACACAAAUAAUCACAAUGGACCUGAUGGGUGUGCUCUCUUCUGGAGAACAGAGUCCAUCAUCUUGAAGAAUUCUGAUAAUGUGGUUCUGAAAGAUUCUUCUCUGUUCGAUACAAACCAGGUGAGCAUAAUUGGCAGGUUCGAAAUGAAAAACAUUUCCGAGGGUCAAAAGGAAUUAUACAUUGCUGUAACUCACCUCAAGUCUAAAAGACCAUACUUCAAAUUACGACACGAGCAGGGCAAAUGGCUUGUUGACUAUUUAUCCCAGCUAGUGGGGGAUAUUCCUAUUGUGAUAUGUGGAGAUUUUAAUGCAGAUCCUGACGAGAAGGUUUACGAAGAAUUUUUGAGUAGUACAAUGAGUUUGAAGAGUGCAUACACAUGUCUUUCGCACAGUGGAACAGAGCCUCCAUACACAACUUGGAAGGUGAGGGGAUCUCCGAAAGGCCAACAAGAUAUCUGCAGAACUCUUGACUACAUAUGGUAUUCAUUUAAGAAUUUGUCGGUUUGUUCAUUGCUAAAAUUUCCAACUGCAGAAGAAUUGGGUGAUAAUCGACUCCCAUCCUUCCAGUAUCCUUCUGAUCAUCUCUCGCUGGUCUGUGAUUUUGAACUGAUUUAAUGGUGCACUUGUUUGAAUAUAUUGUUCUGCAUCAGUGAUUAAAGCUGCUGGGUUUAGUGGUUUUGGGUUUUUUUUUAGAUAAGUAUAUCAAAAAUCAAAGCUGUGAGUGUGUUAUUAAAUGUGUGUGUACAAGUUUGAAGCUUGCUUUGUAACAAAUUAAAAUACAGAUCACCAUCUGUCUGACUGGGCCUUCAUGGGUAUGUCCAUGGUGGUUGGUGCUACUGCUAGUCGGUAUUAACUGGAACUUUUUAAAUGUUUCUACCAGCAUUAUAGUCAACACAAUCAGCCAUGGGCGUCACACUUCACCAUGGUAUUUCUACCAUUUACAAAUUGCUGGGCAGAACUCCGCUCCUUAAAAAUAAAUAGUUAGUUGUAACCCAAAAGACGAAUUCUCACCUCCAAAUUUUCCACUGUGGUUUCAUUCUAAACCACCACCCCCUGUCUUACAUACAUACUAGACUAUAAUUCUGCACUCCUUACUCAUUAAUGUGGCCAGAACUGGUAUAAUUAAUAGUUUAAUCAUCUGGCUGGUAGAUGCUGGAUUAGCAUCCUUGUAUAGGCUCCAACAUUAUACAAACUUCUCUCUCCCUAGUCACCAAGUCAUAGUCAAAAUUAUAACAGCUCAGAGGUGAAGAGAGUUGCUAUACAAGUUUCCGUCUAACUAGUCGCCAAGUCAUAGUCAAAAUGAUACCCUAUUUUAACUUUUUGUAUCAUGAUUCAUGAAUAGUUUUGGAAUGAAAAUGAUUGAGUAGAAAUUUGAUUAAGCAUUUUUAACCAAUUAAUAUUAGUCCUGGAAUCAAGCUAGGCUAUAUUGUUCAUCAAUUUUAUAAAAUAUUACUACAUUCAUUUUUUCAUGUUUUUUUUUGGACAAAUUUAAGAGUGUCUUAACAAAACUCAUAAAUCCACAAUUUACAAAAAUAGUGACAAUCACAUAAACUCUGUAAGGUUUUUCACAGUGGUUAUCUCAAAAUGAAUUAAAUCUCUUUAUGUCAUUGUGGUAUUAUAUUUCAAGUUAUAUUUGUUUUUCUCAAUUUGACGUCAUGGACUAAACACUAGUCUUGUUCAGACAACAUAAAAUUAUUAUUCCAUCUGGGAUACUGUUUGCAUAUACCAUAGUUAGAUACCCAAUAGCCAAUAUAUUUUUCAUGCGGGGUGUCUUUAAACAUUCAUUCAUUUAUUCAUUUGAUCACAUGGAGGAGACGAAAGGCACCAUAAUUAUUUUAUAUCCGAUAUGUUUGUCGCCCUUUCUUUUAUGAAUAUAUGAGUUGAAUAAAACAAUUUGCUCAAAUAAUCAGUAAAUGGUGGUCAGGAUUUUUAGGGUUUGGUUUUCUCAGUCUUUUUUGUUUUUGGGGGGGGGGGGGGAGGGAUGGCAUAUUUUGACUGGUGCCACCCUGACCUUUAGCCAGUGUGAACACUUAUGACACUUCAAAAUUAAAGCGUGAUUUUUUUUUGUAAACCUAGUCACUUUGAACAUGCAACUUCAGAUUUUUAAUAGCUGACAAUCAAUUUAGUAUUGUUAAGAAAAAUACCAAUAUUUUUAUUUUAUAUUACAUAUACUUUUCAUACUGGGAGACUGUUAGUAAUCAACUACCUCGUGUUAUAUUAUGGACAUUAUAAAAUUAUUUUGAAUUUAAUCUCAGUUGUAAUAAAACAGGUUCUUUGAAAUAGUUGUGAUAAUUGUAGACUUUUAUUAUUUAUAUUCUUGUUUCAAAUAAACAGAUAUUAAUAUAUCUUCUGCUUAAUUUUUGUUUUGUGUUGGUUACAGUCCGACCGAGUGGUAUACAAAAGUAUUUCCACAGCUGAAUGUGAUGUGCAGUACAUUAGAAUCAAGUAGGUGUUCUCCAUUUGAGACCGUACACAAAAUAUAUAAACAAAUGUCAUCCAAUAUAUGUCAACAUACACAACUCAUUGAUCCCCUCUCAGCCCUUAGGAACAGUUAUGCAAUGCUAUUGUUACAAUAUGUUAAAUUAAACAGGAUAUACAAUAACUGUAUCUUUAUGAUAACUAAAUAUACUUUGACUUGUAUAUAAUAAUGAAACACCAAACAUGUGUCCCAAGCGAUCAAAGAAUGUUUUUGUUGUUAGAAGUUACUGUUUUCAGCAUUAGAUGUCUUGGUGUCCUUUUGUUUUUAUCUAUCGCCAGGGUUUCUGCCAGAAAGUAAAAUGGGUAUGGUGCCAUACCUAAAUGUUUUUUUUGCAGAUUCUAUUUUUUUUCAGAGCUGACCUUAUGACAAAAUUAAUGACUUAUCAUUACUGUAUGUUUUUCUUAACCCUAAACCUAAUCCAUUUUUUUCCUAGGAGAGGCCUCCCAUAGACCCUAUCUACUGCUUCAGCACACACAUUGUAAAUAUUCCAUUUCAUAGUGCCAUACCCAAACAUUUCUUUCUGGCAGAAAUGUUUUUUUUACGGAGAUGUCUAAAAUACAUCCAUGAUGUCAAGUAGCAAUCAAUUCAAAUGUUAAUAUACCAGUUGUAGGGUACAGAAUUUUUAGGAUUUUUUAAUAUGAUUCCUCCUUAAUUGUCAAAAUUUAGCAUCACACAUUUUGGGAUUCUGUCUCAUUAUCUUAGAUUUCAAGCCAAAAUCUGUGAUUCAUUGAAGCAUAUUAUUCUGCUAAAUUAGUAGUCUGGCAAUGGUUAGGAUGAAGGGGGAAACAUGAUUGGUCAAAUAAAGAUAAUCAAUCUGACGAUAAUGUUCAUUAUCACCUCAGGUGAACAUUAUCACUUGGGUACAUUGCACUUCUCCUACAACACCAAUUAAUCGGGCCCUACUUGAUGUUCAUUUUCAAAGUACUAGAGAUUGAAAAGAUCUGCUGCUGUCACACAGACUACCCAUUCCAAUUAUCCAUAUUUUCUAAGAGCAAAGCACAUUUCAGUUUUUUAUAUUCCAGUUGUACUUAUUUUCAAAGUCGUAGAAUAAUAACUUGUUAUUCACAGUAUUUGCAAUAAAUUUUCUUAUAAACCUG